UCAAGAAUCGUUAACUCCAUCGCGUUCCCCACUCUUAUUUCCGUUCCGUUGUCUUAUUCCGUUACAGUCGUCUUCUUGUUUUGCCUCUCUCGCUCUCCAACUCCUUCGCCUCGUUCUAAGUCUAACAUGGUGCGAAGAAUCGAAUCGCUCUUCCAUCUCCUUCUGAUAGAUUGCUUGAUCAGUGUUGUUGCGUUUGGAAUCGAAUGCAGAGCAGGAAAGAACGGAACUAUGAGUCCGGCAGCGGCAACAAGCGCAAGCGGGGCCGGUGGGCGAACAGGACGAGCAGCAUCAAGAAGAAGAGGAGAGGAAUGGGGCACAGCUCGACGGUGCGCUCGGACCGCUGCGUCACCUGCACCACCUUCAACAUUCUUGCGCCCAUCUAUAAGCGGAUCAGUGAGGAGGAUCAGAGUUGCAGGGAGAGUCAAUACAGAGCGUAUUGGUUGAGCCGGAACAAAAGUAUAAUCGACAGGCUAUUGGGCGAUCGUUCCUCUAUCAUUUGCCUUCAGGAGGUUUGGUUGGGGAACGACGAGCUCGUCAAUAUGUAUGAGAAGCAGCUGGGGGACGCCGGCUAUGUCAGCUUCAAGCUUGCCCGGACGAACAAUCGCGGCGAUGGUCUCCUCACUGCUAUUCACAGGGACUACUUCAGGAUUCUAAACCAUCGGGAGUUGCUCUUCAAUGACUUUGGAGAUCGUGUUGCUCAGCUCUUAGAUGUGGAAUCGGUUGUUUCUUUCUGGCAUGGGCAAAACAGCAGCAUUCGGCAACAAUUGCUCAUUGUGAAUACCCAUCUGUUAUUCCCUCAUGAUUCUACCUUGUGUAUAGUUCGUUUGCAACAGGUAUACAAGAUCCUUCAGUAUAUAGAAACAUACCAGAAAGAGCAUAAUCUUGAACCAAUGCCUGUCAUACUAUGUGGAGAUUGGAAUGGAAGCAAACGUGGGCAUGUUUACAAGUUUCUUCGGUCCCAAGGGUUUAUAUCAUCAUAUGAUACCGUUCAUCAGUACACCGAUAGUGAUGCUGAUGCCCACAAGUGGAUUAGCCACCGCAAUCAUCGUGGGAACAUCUGCGGAGUUGAUUUCAUAUGGCUUCUUAAUCCAAAUAAGCAAAGGAAACCACUGAGAACUAGCUGGAACGAAGCAGUAUUUGGCAUUAUUAAGUAUCUUUUGCGAGCAGCUUCUCUUACAGAGACCAGUGCAUUUGCGUUCCUUAAAAUUGACAGUCCUGGCGAUUACAUUACCUACUCAGGUUUCUGUCAGGCACUCUAUCAGCUAGGUUUGUCUGGUCAUCCUGAUGGCCUUAGUUCUGAAGACACAAAAGUUCUAUGGGUUCAAGCUGAUACUGAUGGAAAUGGUGUUGUGGACUACGUAGAAUUUCUGCAGCGAAUAUGGAAUCCAAAAUGUUCGGAGCAACCUGAGGAUAAAACAGCAACUGGAACCAAGAUAACAGGUGGAGAGACACAACAGCAGCAGCAGGCCUUUGGUUUUGACGUGAAGGACGCAGUCCUCUUCCCUCCAGAAGUCGAGAGAGGGAUGUGGCCGGAAAACUAUUCUCUCUCCGACCAUGCCCCGCUGACCGUCGUGUUUUCCCCUGUAAAGAUGCCUUGUGGCGGGCCAGUUUGCUAAUCCCUGAUCGGGAGUGCGACUACAUCCGGAAGCAAUGCCUCCUCAAUAUAAAUCGAAGCUUGCAGAACUGGAAGAAGGAAAAUCUCUGAUCAUAUACAGCUCAAACAAACACAAGGUAAAGAUAUGAACAUGAGAUGGCAAAUAUACAACGAGCCUUGCCACUCUCCUGAGAAUUUUGUUUUUCUUUUCUGUCACCUGUAAUGAAUAAGUUAUCAUUCUCUAUGUGAUGACAUGGCCUCCGCAAUUAUAUAUUAUGAGAUAGUUUUGCC